AUUUCUAUUUCUCUCAUUAAAUCGCGAUAAUGACAAAGAUCGGCCGCAGGAGUCAUUAUUUAUUUGUGCCAAUUCUUUUUAUAUUUCCGAUAAAGUAUGAAUUUCUUUUUUAAAUGUAAAAAGGUAUAAUUAAGAAACAAAAAAAUAUUGUGAAACAAUAUAUUAACAUCUAGAAGUGUGUGACGCAAUGGAUUAUAAUUCUUCUACCACAUUAAAAUCGACAGAAAUAGUGCAACAAAAAGAACCAAUAUUAUCUAUGAGAACAUUGAGCAUGGAAAAUGAUAGCGCUUGUAGUGAUCCACUUUUGGUUGAUGAUCAUUCUUCAGCUUAUAGCUCUCUUCCUUCAACGUCUACGUCAUCCGCGAUAAUGUCACCUCAGUUGCAAUUGGAGUUAUUGGAGAGUUUGGAUGACUAUCCUACAGAUUUUUCUUCGAAAUCAACAUCUGAAGAUUUUUCAAAGUCAUAUGCAAUUGCGCAGCAAGCAGACGUAGUUGAUGAUAAUACGGUUAAUUCAGUACAUGCAGAUCAACAGUUACAUCAACAGGUGCUACAUCACUUAGGAUUAAGUUUAGCUCUAGAAGAUACUACCGAUAUGGUUUACCCAAUAUACAAUGCUAUAAUGGCUCAUGAGAGUGAUGAAAAUAUGCAGAGAGUCAAUAGUAUUUCCACCGAAUUACCACUGUCUUAUGAAUCUUUGACCUCUUCUAUGAAUGUAAAUGUUAGCAAUCCAGUCGACGACGGCAAUAAGAAUAAUAAAGAAAGUGAUGACAAUAUAAUGUGUUAUUUAAGCGGUUCAUUGGAUACACCGGAAGUUUUAAUUUCACAUGUUCAGACAUUUCCAUCGUCGCCUAGUAAUUGUCAUUCCCAUAGUGUUAUUGAUCCAAAAUCGCCCACUACAAGUGAAUUGUGUGCAUCAACGGCAAUCCAGUAUCCUUUAUUGUCCCCGUUAUCAACAUCUUCGUUUAUGCCUUGUGAAUCGUUUGAAGCAUCAGAAAUUAUUAUGCAAAAUCCACAGGAGGUUCUUGAAAACCACGCAUCAGUUUUAGAUAUGGAUGACGUAUCUGCUUUAUCAUUAUUAAAUGUAGAUUACACGGGUUCACCCUCGACAGACUCUACUUUUUAUACAAAAUCUUCAAAUGAAAAUAAUCAUGACGAUAUUUGCUUACGAUUAGAAUACAAGUUUAAAGAUCAGCAGCUUGUACAAGUUCAGCCUCCUACCGUAGUAGCAAUGAGUGCACCAACAUCGUUACUUUGUUAUGAACAAAUAAAAUUUUCAAACAACAUAUGUAUGGAUAGAUCAGAAAUGGACACCACCGAUUUCCCAUUCUUAUCUUCGCCGUCGUCGACAACGGUUGCAUGUGAUAUCUUAGAUCAUCAGCAAUUCAAGACAAGUGAUAAAUAUUUUAAAGAAAGUUACAUGGAAGUAAAUAAUCAACCCGAUGAACUUUCAUUAUGCAUACGCCCCGGUGCCUUGCACAAACAGAAAGGAGAGCCAACUCAAGCGACAUUUACUACUUUCGAGAAUUCGGAUGAAGCACUUGGUCGUUAUAAUUGUAAUUAUGAAAAUUGCAAUCGGAGCUACAGCACUAUUGGAAACCUGCGCACGCAUCUGAAGACACACAAAGGUGAAUACCGCUUCAAAUGCACUGAAGAAAGUUGUGGCAAGGCUUUUCUUACUUCGUACAGUUUAAAGAUUCAUAUUCGGGUGCAUACUAAAGUGAAACCAUACGAAUGCGAAGUAACAGGAUGUGAAAAAGCGUUCAAUACGCGCUACAGGUUGCAGGCGCAUUUACGGUUACAUAAUGGUGAAACAUUUAAUUGUGAGAUAUGUCAAAAGUGCUUUACCACUUUGAGUGAUUUAAAAAAGCACAUGCGUACUCAUACUCAAGAGCGGCCGUAUAAAUGUCCCGAAGACACCUGUGGUAAAGCUUUUACUGCUUCACAUCAUCUUAAAACACACAUACGCACACACACGGGCGAAAGGCCUUACCCGUGUGAGGAGACUAGUUGUCAAAAGUCCUUCAGUACAUCACAUAGUCUUAAAUCGCAUAAGAAAACACAUCAAAAGCAACGUAAUCGACGACAAAAUAACUUUGACAACAAGAAACACCAUUUGAACAUCAGAAAGGAUCGAAAGCAUUUACCGUUAACGCAAAGUUCCGAUUGUCAUGCAUCUAUUAAAGUAGAAAGUGACAGCAGCGGCUACAACGAAGAACACACUUCGAAUGGCGAAGAGGAAAGGGAAGAAAAUGUAUCUACACAAAGCUCGUCAAUAAAUGGCAGUUUACCUUCACUAAGCGCUAACAGCCUUAUCAAAACGGAAGAUAUUGAUUAUAAUGUGACCGAUAUAUUUUCUGUUCAAAUGUCAGAUAUGAGAAAUGCAUCACUGUCUACUUUAUCACCUAAAAUUGAAUCGACAUCUUUUCCGGAAACGUCCCAGGCGCUACAGCUGGCGUACGCUGCAGAAGAAGAAAUACCCACACCUUGGGUUGAUGCCGGUGUGCUAAUUUCAAAACCAAUUAUGCCGAUGGCACCAGUCACCAACGCUUGCGUAGCAUUACCAACGGAGGUACCGAGUUUUGUUGACUUACAACAAAGUUAUAACAAUUUUGGCAAACCGGAAGUUGCUAUUUUAAGCAAUACUGGUCCAAUAUUAGAAACAAAUAUCCCAGCUAUGCCAGAAUCUACAGAUCCUUGCGAUUAUUUGGGUAUUAAUAAUCAUGGAGGAGCAUAUAAACCGGUUGCAACAGAUAUAGUAUAUACAAAUCCCACUCAAGUUCAACGCACACCAGCGGUUGAAAUGGAAAUUGAUGGUAUUAACGGUGUUGCAGGCAUAACUCGCAGUGUACAUAGCGUAGAUAAUAGAGCAGAUGUCACUGUAAUUAAUUCUGCGUCAGCUAUAGAUCAAAGUAUGGAUAUGAUGCCAACACAGGAAAGCAUUGAAGAACUCUUGAAGGAGGAUUUGCAGUAUAGCAAUGAUGCAGAAGAUAUGGAAACAGAGUCACUACUAAAUGAAAUAUUAAUGACCAUCGACAAUAAUACAGAGCUAUUGCAGGAGACAUUACAACAGGCCAAACAGGUACCAGAAGAUGCAUCGGGUCUAAUCGAAGUGGAUCUAAGAAGUGAUAAACCAACUUUGAAGCAAAUAACUGCUGAUGCUGGUAUUUGUGGUUGUACCAAUUGUAAGUGUGAUCAAACUCAAGAUUGUCAAGGCGGCUGCAACAAUGAAACGCCGUGUGGUAAAAAAGGGAAUGGCAAGCAUAAAUGUUGUCAUAAUCACAAAACGCAAAAUGUGCCAAAUAAAAAGAUGGAAACCUCCACAAACAUUAUGCCCAAAGCUGUUUAUCGUGGCAAGGAUUGCUGUAACGGUAAGAAAGAACGGGCCGCAGCGAAACGUGAAGCAGACAUCAAUCAAAAUAUCGAAGAUGUGGCUUUAUUGCUACAAAAUUUAGCUGCUAUGGGCAGCAAUACUGGCGGCGGCUGCUGCGGUAGCGACAAGAGCACUUCGGGUGGUUGCAGACCACCUACUGUAACUAAACCGAUAGAAGACAAUAAUACGAGUAGUUGUUGCUCAAAUACAUCAUCUGUUACACAAGUUACUCCCACACCAGCCAAAACAAGUGCAAAUACAUCAACAAUACCUCCAAAAUCACUUAAAAGUACUUCUUGCACAUGCAAGAGUCCAGCUGAAGGUGUUGCCAAUGGUUGCUGUGUUAUUAUCUGUACUAAAACUCUACAAGCUUUACGCCGCGUACUAACACGUAAAAAUCUUAACUUGAUGGUUUGUCCACAAAGUCAGAAUUAAAUUCUGGAGUUGAAGUAAUUGUUAACUUUUUGAUUUAUCGAUUUAUUGACUGUAUCUUAAUCAUCAAUCAAACGCCAAAGAUUUGCCUUUUGCAUACUAAUUAUUAUCAUUAACCGCCAUUUUACUUUGACUACAGCUAAAACAAAUAUCAUUAGUUCAUUAACCUUAAAUAAUUACAAAAAAGAAGUAACUAAUAUGAAAAAAUUAAAACAUUAGAAACAUUUUCUUGAUCAGACUUUGGAAUUACAAUUGCAUUAUAUGAACAUAUGUACAUAUGUGUAUAUAUAUAGCUGGUUGUUGUUAUUUUGUAAAAACAUGGUUUUCAUUUAGUUCGUGCCAUUGUUGUUGCAUAAUAAUUAUAUUGCUUGAAAUUCUUUUUGCAUCAUAAUUGAUUUGAAGUAAAAUCAUUUAAAAAUGAAGUUGGCCAGACUGGCAUAAUUUUGAUUAAAAGAAAAAAAAAUUGUUUAGUCAAAAUAAUUAAAAAUUUUAUUGUGAAAACAAAUAUAUAUAAAUAUGUGUAUAGGUGUAGGUAUGUAUGUAACACACAAAUAGUCACAUUUCUUCAAAUAAGAAUUUUGUACUCUUUCGAAAUGCAAAAAAUAAAAGGAUUAAAUUGGUGUGGAA